GCAAUCAAUACGCACCAUAGACAAGUAUAAUUUGACAUUAUCCUUUUUUGUUUGAGUUGUCAAAAUUGAAAGGAAGAGGAGGCGUCGACUCGUACAAUUUUACAAUCACAAAUUAAAAAUUACUAUAUUUCCACUUUUACAUAAUGAUUCGUUUUAUUCUCAUCCAAAACCGAGCGGGUAAAACUAGAUUGGCAAAAUGGUAUAUGAACUUCGACGACGACGAGAAACAGAAGUUAAUCGAGGAGGUACACGCUGUAGUCACCGUCAGGGACGCCAAGCACACUAAUUUUGUUGAGUUCAGGAACUUCAAGAUCGUGUACAGAAGGUAUGCAGGGUUGUACUUCUGUAUAUGCGUGGAUGUGAAUGACAAUAACCUGUGCUACCUGGAAGCUAUACACAAUUUUGUGGAGGUCCUGAACGAAUACUUCCACAAUGUGUGUGAACUGGAUCUGGUGUUCAACUUCUACAAGGUGUACACAGUAGUGGAUGAGAUGUUCCUAGCGGGAGAGAUCAGAGAGACAUCACAGACUAAAGUCUUGAAGCAGCUCCUUAUGCUCAACUCCUUAGAAUAAUCUGUUCAGAUCAUGUAGCUGUAGACAAAGCCAGGAGCAAGUUAUUGCAGACUUGGACACUAUGAGAUUAGCCACAAGUAGUACUGAUCACUUAGUAAUCAGGUGACAUGCUAUCUCAUGGGCCAACAGCUACUAACACAUUGCUGUGAAUUCAAGUCUGUCGUUAAUAUCUUGGCUAUGUCUACAUUUAGUGUAAUUUAUACUGUAUUAAUGUCCAGUGUUGCUAUGUUAGAGAAUACUAAGUGUAACAAGGUAUUUGUAGUGCUUGCAGGCAUGGUGACAUCAAUGUAAGCUCUCAGGUUUGAUACCUGGGUUGAGAAUAAUAUUACUAUUAUAGCUUUGGCAGUAGGUUCUAUAAAUACAAAUAAUAUUUUUAAUAUAGCAACACUGAUAAGUAUUGAAAUAUUCACUGUUACAACAUUAUUAUAUUGUUACUAAAUAAGAUUGUAUAAAGAAUACUCAUUCAUUCCAUCUUGUAGGAACACAUUAUAGACAGUUUUAAAU